AUGGGAUCAGUGAAGAAAAUUAGGAAGCCGAAACCGUGGAAACAUACACAACCGAUCACAAAAGCUGAGCUUAUGCAACUGAGAGAAGAGUUUUGGGACACUGCUCCUCAUUAUGGAGGUAGAAAAGAGAUAUGGGAUGCACUUCGUGCUGCUGCUGAAGCCGACAUAUCUCUUGCGCAAGCAAUCGUAGACAGCGCAGGAGUCAUUGUUCAGAACACGGAUCUCACAACAUGCUAUGACGAGAGAGGUGCUAAAUAUGAGCUACCUAAGUAUGUUCUAAGCGAGCCUACCAACUUGGUGGAAGAAAAUUGAUUAAAAGAUCAAGAACAUUUUGAAAAGACACAGGAAAAGAGGCGGGAGUAGCAAAAAUGUAAAUCUUGUGUGUAAGUAGUUACAUUAGGAUUCUCUGCUUUUGUCUAUUUAAAAACAGCCAACAAAAAUCCCCACUUUUCUCUAUCUCUGACUUGUAUCUAAGAACUCAGAUUGUCACUGAAGUUCUAAAGACGGGUUUGUGGGUUUUGAAUUUUUGAUCUGUUAUUUACACGAUUGAUAUGCUCUGAUGAGGAACUUUUAUCAUCAGUCAUGGCCAUGCUCAUGCUUGUACUUAUCUCGUUCCCUAUCAUUUGGUAAUACUUCUUCAUAGUGUUUAUGUUCUCAAUUCUCUUUGUUUCUCUAUGGAUUGAAGCUUCUUCAAUCCUCUCCAUCUCCACCAUCUUCUUACCUUCCAACAUCUUCACAACGUCAGACAUCAGUGGUCUAUCACUCGGAUCCGCGCUUGUACACAGUAUCACCACUUGAAUCAUGAUCAUUGCUUCUUCUCUGUUGUAAUCUGUUCCUAGUCUCGGAUCCACCAGUUCCAACAGAUUGUUCUGCUCCCUCAAAACUUCCACCUGCAGAAACAAGAACAUGUGUUUUGGAGUUAUUGUCUUUAUGGUUCUUAUGGAAGUUAGUGGUAUUAGUAAAAGAAUUAUUCUUAUUACCCAAUCAAUAAGGUAGAGAGUAUUAUUGAUAUUGGAUCGGUCUAUCUUAUUGCUUCCUCCAUGAACAAUCUCUAGAGCUACAAUACCAAAGCUAUAAACAUCAGCUUUGUCCGUUAAAUGCCCUCUCAUUGCAUACUCUGGAGCCAUGUAACCGCUGCAAAAUAAAAGUUGUGUUAUUCAAGAAAACCUC